AUGUCUGGUCUGAUUUUAAACCCCAAACCAUUCCUGACCAAUCUCACGGGUAAACCAGUGGUAGCACGACUGAAGUGGGGGAUGGAAUACAAGGGUGUACUAUUAUCUGUAGACUCUUAUAUGAACUUACAAAUGGCCAAUACGGAAGAGUAUAUUAAUGGAGAACUCACGGGGAAUCUUGGCGAGACACUAGUGCGCUGUAACAAUGUGCUCUUUAUCCGUGGUCUCAUGGAUGACGAAAAACCUCCUGCCGAAUCACCAACGGAUACAACCGAGUCAAUGACGGACGCUUAG